CAGGAAACUACAUGUCGCCUUCACCGCAGCUGGACUGAAGGGCCGACUUUCGCACUUUCUCCGCAACUCCGGUGUUUGCCCAACAAUUUCCACUUUUUCCGCAAAUUCUUUUUCCUUUAUAAACCUCUCCAACUAUAACUGAUUUUCUCAAGCGUGUAACUGAAUUUUCAUUCUCAGAAUCUCAAAGCUCUAAAAAGAAAAGAAGAAAAAAAAAUCAUUAAAUUCCAUGGCAACUUCUCCCAAGUCCCCCAAAUGGUUUCCCUCUCACACCAAUUUCAAGCUUAGCCUCCUUCCUGGCCUUCGUUCCAAAUCCAAAUCCAAAACCCCACCUCCAUCUCCACCUUCGAGUUCCACGAAACGACACGAGCUUCAGCAAGUUUUUCGCCACUUCGACACUAAUGGAGACGGUAAGAUUUCCAGCGACGAACUUGCCGCAUACUUCGCCUCCAUUGGAGAACCCAUGUCCACUUCUGAUGCUCAAACUGUCAUCGCCGAAUUCGAUGAAAACGGCGACAGUUUGUUGGAGUUUACGGAGUUCGUGAAAUUGAUGGAAAGGGAAAAAGAGACGGAAGAUGGAGACGAAGACCUUAAGAGGGCUUUUGAGAUGUUUGAAGUUGAUAAAGGUUGUGGAUGUAUAACCCCUAAAGGAUUGCAACAGAUGCUCAAUCGACUCGGAGACUCCAAAUCGUACCGCGACUGUGCUUCCAUGAUUCGAGCAUUUGAUCUUGAUGGCAAUGGUGUCCUUGAUUUCCACGAGUUUCACCACAUGAUGACUUCGCAUUGAUUCAUUUGUUUUGUAUAUAAAUAUUAUUAUUCUUUUCCAUUCAUAAUAUAUACAUUUUUUUUUCUUUUUUUGUUUCAAAUCCUAAUAAAGUAAUUGUUGCUCAUCAACCAUCUUUUUGUGGUAAA